CGAAAAAAAAAUUUUUAUUAAAGGAAUGCACCCACGGGCCGACAAAAAAACAAUGAUUGUAGCUGAUUGUACUUGAAUUGUAGAUGAUUGUCAUAUAUUUGUUUUUUUUUCAACCCUUCAUUUAUUUUAAUUAAUUAAUCGAAAUAUUUGGAGUUGCCAGAUAGGCGACAAUUCAUAAUUUUAAAGUGGCUGAUAUUUUUGAUAGUAGUAAGAUGCUCAAUUGAUAGCAAAUCGUUUGUACAUAACUAUUCUUCGUUUAUCAUUGUUUAAUAAUUUUUAUUUUUUUAAAUAUUAAAUAAAAACUAUUGUACUAUUCAUCUCCUUGCUAAUCACUGUUAACUAGUACUUGCGCAUGCGCGAUUACAGUGAUAAAAAAUAUCUACAAAAUUUGUGUCAGUAUUUUUUUGUUAUUAAUUUAUAAUAAUAACAGUUUUCAUUUUUAAUAAAAUAUAUAUAAUAACUAUAUAUCGGAACCAACUUAAUAAAUAAAUUGCAGUAAAAAUAAUAAUAAUAUAAAUAUAUAUAAAAAAAAUAUAAGACACUAUGGCCAUCUACAGACUGCUUCUUCAAAAAAGAGGAAGAAAGUUACGUUACCGAUCCAGAUUAUUUUUAGCGUUGUCUUUUUCAUUCCUCGUUCGACCGUCAUGACGUAAAGUCCUGUGCAAAUCUCGGCAUCCGUGAGCUAUCCAAGCCACGCCAUUUUAUCAGCAUCAGUUGCCAAACGUGGUUCAUUGUGGUUAUAAAAAAUUUAGUUAAUUUUAUAAAAACAGCAUGGCAAUGAACAGACCAGGUUCACUCAGUUUUGAAGCUUUUGACCGUCAGCGUCAACGCGAGAGCGAAACAAGGGCUCGUCGCCACCAAAAGAUCGUCGACCGUCAUGCUGAAGCUCGAGCACAGGUUUACCUCCUGGAGGAACAAGCCCUUGAAGAGGGACUUGAGCUUCCAGCUUUACCUGCAUUUGAGGCCUCCGACAUCAACAUGGUCAGAGAUGAUUUUGAGGUUAACGACGGUCAAGCAGCACGUCAAGAAGAUGAUCCAUUGGCUGCACCCAACGAUCAGCCUCAAAAUCAUCAAGAAAAUGCUGAAGAAGUUGAUGAAUUGAUGGAUGCUUUUGGUGGUGGUGUUGCUGAAGGAUUAGGUGGUGGAGCGGUUAGAAGUGUUCGUGGUGGGAUUGGGGCAGGAUCACGUGGUGGUGGACCAAGUCGUGCUGCAGCUGGCAGUGGAUUGCGUCGGGUUACGGCUGGUGCUGGACUGAAUCGUGCUGUAACUGGUGCUCAAGGUCGUAGAGCUCGUGAUGAACGCGACCAAGAUCCAGUUGAUGCCAGUGUCAGAGACAGAGUCAGAUUUUGGAGACGUCAAUUCUUUCAAAUGAUGGCUAAUCGUCCCCAUCAAUAUCGUGAGCAACGUGGUCGUGGUGGUAAUAGAAGUAGACGUGGAAGGGGUAUUCGUUCAGGUGGUGGUGGCAUACAGGUUUAUUUUCAAGGAUAAAAAAAAAAAUAUAUAACAAGUCUUAAUUUAAAAAAAAAAUAAAUAAAUAAAAAAAAGACCGAUCGUACGUGAUA